AUGGACUCAGACUCUGAUUCACCUUUUAAUUACUCUUGGCCUUCCUUACCUAAAAUGAGGAUCCGAAGAAGGGCAUCCAAAUCAGAAAAGACCUUUGAGAUCAUCAAGAAACUCAAGGCUCCACCUACUUUCUUUGCUGCAGCCAGACUUUCUGCCAUGCUGAGUGGAAGUGAUGAAGUAUAUGCAAACUGCAUGGUAGUAGACCAAGCUGGAGAAUUAAAGACGAACUAUGUUUACAGAGAUGGUGCCACCAACUCAGCCUUGGUGGCUAAGAGCUCUUCAUCUCCCUCCCUUGAGGGGAAUGACCAAUAUGUAAGUGUUACAAAUGAAGGAAAGCAAAAGCCAGUGAAAAAUGGAGAAGACACGGGUUUAAAAGAUGCUGCUUCACCUGGUGAUUUGUAUGGAAAAGAUUCAUACCUUCCAUUUAAGACCCAUGGAUUUAUUAAAGAUCGGGGCCAACUUUAUACUGAAAUGAAAAAAAGAAGUUCAAGUCUCGAUGACCUUGAGGUGGACUGCAGAAGUGGAGAUGUUUCAGACUAUCCCCCUCUUGGCUGUUCGGAGGCCAUGGCUUGUAGCAGAGAUGGAUUAGACUCACCUACCAGUCUACAGUCCAAGGAGUGCACAGUAUCUGGGGUUCGGUCACGCUCCUAUUCCUGCUCGUCACCCAAAGGUUUUUCAGGAAGAUCUCGCAUUCCUCGGGACUUUGCAGCUGGGGAUUCGAAUGAAGAUGGUGUGCUCCUGAACAGUGGUCAAUCCCUCCUUCAGACUCUUUCACUCUCUAAGUCAGUGUCUCUGCACCACCCUUGUAAGCGAGCAUACAGCCUGCCCGAGCAGUGCCGAGAGAACAGGAUACAGGAGGAAGAAUGGAAUAAAUAUAUUGUACCCUCAAAAAAUGAGUCUGAAAAAUGUAAAGUGAGUCGGACUUUCAGCUUUCUGAUGAACAGAAUGACCAGCACACGGAAUAAGUGCAAGACAAGAAAUAAAGAUACCAAAGAUAAAGAGAAACUGAACAGGCACAAUUUUGUAAACGGAACCUUCUCAGGAGUUACUCCAUGUAUGGCCUGUGAAAAGGCCCUCCUAGGAAAAGAGUCACUGCAGUGCUCUAAUUGCAAUAUGAUUGUGCAUAAGAGCUGCAAGGAGUGUGCUCCUAUUUGCACCAAGAAGUCCCAGGAGAAGUACCACAGUAAGAACAAACCCCAAGCUGGUGUAACAAAUUCCCUGCCUGGAGACAUUUCACAGAUGAUGCUCUCUUCAGGGCAUCUUUCUUCCUCUGUGCCUAUUGGACUGUCUGCUGGAAGGAGGGAAGCCUUGCAACAAUCCCACUUCUUGUCCAAAAGUGUCCCCAGUGCCAGUUUUGAAAGAAGAUCCAUGCCAUUUUCUGAACAAGACUCUGAGACUAGCACUUGGAGGUCCAAGUCACAGUCUGAAGAGAUGUUACAAGCAUUAGGAACCUUUUCUUCAAUGGAUUCUUUUAUGAUGGAAGAUGAUGAGGAUUUGUCUCAGUGGACCGAUCUCCGCUCAGAUGCACAAGAAUUCGAGGCAGAGUCUUGGAGUCUUGUUGUGGAUCCAGUAUUCUGUAGCAAGCAAGCAAAGGAUGUCAUCAAGAGGCAGGAUGUCAUUUUUGAGCUGAUGCAAACAGAAGUGCACCACAUCCACACCCUAUUCAUUAUGUCUGAAAUAUUCAGGAAAGGAAUGAAAGAAGAACUGCAAUUGGACCAUAGCACAGUGGACAGAAUAUUCCCCUGCUUAGAUGAGCUACUGGAGAUGCACAAGCAGUUCUUUUGCAGAAUGAAGGAGAGACGACAGGAGUCGUGUGAGGCAGGGAGUGAACGCAAUUUUAUCAUCAGCAGAAUUGGAGACAUUCUUGUGCAGCAGUUUUCAGAGGAAAAUGCAACUAAAAUGAAGAAAAUAUAUGGAGAGUUUUGCAGUCAUCAGAAAGAAGCAGUUAAUCUCUUCAAAGAGUUGCAACAAAACAAAAAGUUCCAGAAUUUUAUUAAACUGAGAAGUAGUAACCUGUUGGCACGACGCCGAGGAAUCCCUGAGUGCAUUUUGCUCGUCACCCAGCGAAUCACCAAAUACCCGGUUCUGGUUGAAAGGAUAUUACAGUACUCAAAAGAAGGAACAGAAGAACAUACAGACCUGUGCAAAGCCCUUCAUCUAAUUAAGGACAUGAUUGCAGCAGUAGAUUUGACAGUGAAUGAAUAUGAAAAAAAGCAAAAGCUGUUGGAAAUUCUUAGUAGAACUGAAAACAAAACGUUUACAAAGAUGAAAAAUGGCCAUAUUUUUAGGAAGCAAGACUUGAUGAGGAAAGAAAGGAUACUUCUUCAUGAAGGUUUAGUAUACUGGAAGACAGCAACUGGUCGUUUCAAAGACACUUUAGCUCUGCUUCUAACUGAUGUACUGCUCUUCUUACAAGAAAAGGAUCAAAAAUACAUCUUUGCAGCUGUUGACCAGAAGCCUUCCAUUAUCUCCCUUCAGAGGCUGAUAGUAAGAGAAGUAGCCAAUGAAGAAAGGGGGAUGUUUCUGAUUAGCGCUUCAUCUGCAGGGCCUGAGAUGUAUGAGGUUCAUACCAGCUCUAAAGAGGAACGUAACAGCUGGAUGAGACAUAUUCAAGAUGCAGUGGAAAGUUGCCCAGAGGAAGAGGAAGAAGAAGGAAGAAUGAGUGAAUCUGAUGAGGACAGACGUAUUGCUGAGGCCAAGGCAUCCAGAAUUCAGAAAUGUCAAGAAUCACUGAGUAACCAGGACCAGCAGAUCUGUAGUUUUUUGGAAGAGAAGUUGCGUAUCUAUGCAGAACUGGGAGAUGCGAGUGGGUUUCAGGAUGUUCAUGUCGAACCUCACCUUCUUAUCAAACCUGAUUCUGGAGAAGCCCCACAGGCUGCUUCGUUGCUGGCAGCAGCACUCAGGGAAGUUGAGAGUCUCCAUGUUGCUGCAUCACAAGUGAGUGAAGCAGACAGACCACCAGAGGAAACUACUGAGGAAUUAAGUGUAAAGCACAGGUUUAGUACCAAUGAAAACUUGGAAUCUCUUCCUCACGAUGCAGAAAUAAAAGAAGAAUCUGAUCUCAGUGUUGAGAAGGAAAUGCCAGGUGCUGGUAUAGAGGAUAAGGGAGAAAGUAUGAGUUUCCCGGGAUCUACAGGGACAGAGAUUGUGCAAGCAAUCCAGAACUUAACCCGUCUUCUAUACAGCAUACAGGCAGCCCUAGCUAUCCAGGACAGUUACAGAGAGCUCCAUAGGCUAUUACUGCAAGAGAAUGAGAAGACUGGUCGGGGCCACAGUUCUCGGCUAAACUUCCUUCUGGAACAAGAAAAAUACCGGAAUCUGGAAAAACAAAGAGUGGAGCUGGCCAACAUACACAAACUGAGGCAGCAGUUUCAGCAAGAGCAGCAGCGGUGGCUGCGUGAAUGUGACCAGCGGCAGCGGGAGCAGGAGGUGAGAGAGGGCCGGCUGCGGCAGCGGGAGAUGGAGUGUGGGUGCCAAGAGGAGCUGCUGGAGAGGAGCCGGCAGGAACUGGCAGUGCAGAUGCAGGAGUACCGGCACAGCCUGGAGAGACUCCAAGAGGGCCAGAAAAUGGUGGAGAGAGAAAGAGACAGUGUGAAAAUGCAGAAGAAGCUCCUCUGGCACUGGAAGCAUGCUCAACAAAACAGCCUGCUGUCAUCCACAGGGAGCCAUGAGAUAAUGGGACAUAAUCAAUCGGACAGCUUACAUGGCGAAAAUACAUUCUACUUAAAUGAAGCUUUAGUGUGUGUGUCUCUAAGCAGUCUCAACAGAUCUGAUUCUUCUCUCGUUUAUGAGGAUGGUGUGUAUGGGCUGGACAUCUCAAAUUCUGAUUUAGCAGGGAAUAGUGAAAAUCAGGUGGACUUCAAAAUGGACACUUCUUGCCAGCCAGCAUUAACCAGUUCACUGUGGGAAUCCACUGGUCUUUGCCAGCAGAUGUCUUUUUCCUGCAAAAGCAACAAGGAUGCCUUGAAUAAUGAUCUGAAUGCAUUGCAGACCCAAAGUCCCCAAACAAGCACUCCAGACCGGGGAUCCAUCCAGCCACCACAGGUAGAUGCACUGCUGCUGGACCACCAGGAUGCAGAAAGUGGAGGCAGAGUGGAGGAGAAGAUUGUUUACCUCUGAUUGGUUGUUUUAUAAUCUUGGUAGCACUUUGGAAAUAUAAUUGUGUUUGCUUUUCUAGACAGCCCUAGUUGCUUUCUGUAUGACCAAAUGGCUUUAUGGAUAGUAUUUAAUUUUCAGUGCAAGAUUUUCCCCAUGGUGAAUAUAGCAAUUAAGUUAUUCUGAUGCCUUUUUGAAAAAAUAAUCUUUAAUUUAUGACAUGAUUUCAUAUGUUUUGCAAGAAGCAGUAGUUAGCAGGGGAGAUGUAAUGUUUUGGAAUUGCUAAGAUGCCAGCAAAUGCUAUGAAAUCUAGGGUUGGUUUUCUCUUGGGUCUCCUCUUUGAAAGAUCAAGCUAAGAGAGAUGGGCCUGCUAUUUGAGAUUUCAGAGUAUGAGUCAGUAACCUUCUAACAGUUGUGCUAUAACAUGAAAAGACAACAAUGUGAGAAUGAUGGCUAUAGUCUUUGUUGAAAUGUACUACGUAUCCUUAAUUAUCAGGUCAUUUUCCUUGUCCUCUGGCUCAGGAACUGCUCAGAAGAGGAUGUUUUUUAUAGUCUCAAUGUAAUUGCAUAAUUGUAAGUGUAUGUUCGUGUCCUGAAGCAUAUCAUGAUUUUGGUAGUACUGCAGAGAUUAUUUUCUAUGCAGGGAUGCUGUAAAUCAGUUUGUUAUUGUAUUAUAACUGUACUUCAUUUCAGUAAGUGGCCUUGCACAUUAAAAUUCACCAGAUGAAACCACCUCUCUGGUCAAAAGGGGAUAAAUAGUAGGCUUUUAGUUAACACAACCCUUCUGAAACUCCUCCACUUUCCCAUGUAGGAACCAGCUAGGUUCUUGCUUUCAGGUUCUUGGAAUCGUUUCUGUAUUAGGCAGUAAGAAACCAGGACCUGUUUUGUACCUUUUUGUCCUUCAGAAAUAU